AUGGUCACAAUAAAGCUAUUUCUACUCUUUGUUACUUCUGACAUCAUCGUGCAAGCACUCCAAUGCCCGCAAAGCGCAUACGGGCAAGCAUCCGCAAUGAUCGCAAGCAAUAUUGUGCGCAAUCAAGGAGCAGCUGCAAGUUCUUCCGGCACAGGACUCAUCGAACUGGGAAUCUUCUAUCAAGCUGUUGCAAGUGCUAUUCCGCUAUCCACAAACGCCACGGCAGCUGUGGGCUUGCCGCUUGACAGAUUUUCUAUCGGUACUGAGAUGAUGUAUCAAUAUGCAGAAACUGGCGAUGAAGCUCUGGCAUCCGCUAUAUCUGCGUCACAGGAUUCGUUGGCAGCACAACCCCGAAACGACAAUGGAGGACUCUGGUACUACGACAAUCGCAAUAACAUAACUGCAUACCGCAAUCUGUCGUAUACAGAUGGCAUGUACUCAUACCCUUCCUUCGCCAUCUUGAACAGUGCAGCAAAUCGGAUGCAAAAGCAACUUGACAUUCUGUCUGCCAUCUGCGAUGACGGUACGGGGCUGUGGGUGCAUGGCUACGAUGCGCUGGGAGAGCACGCAUGGGCGAACGCAGAGACUGGUGCGAGUCCAUCCGUCUGGGGCCGAUCAUUGGCUUGGUACACACUAGGUGUGCUCAACGCCAUCGAAACUUUGCAAUCACUGUCCUCCUCCUCCUCGAUGACACUAGAGUCAAAGAUCGUGCGCAGCGACAUCAGCCUCCUCUUCAUUAAUCUGAUAAAUGCUCAACUCGUCGCUCUUGAGCGCGGGCUGCAGAUCAACGGCAAAUACUCUGUCUGGCAAGUGGUAGAUCUCCCUGGCGCUUCCAUCAAUGUUUCCAAGAACUUCGUUGAGACAAGUGCGAGUCUGAUGACUGCAUACUCUCUACUGAGACCUGUACGCCUAGAUAUCAUCCAUAACACACAGCUUCGAGAUAGAGCUCGUAAAGCAGCCGUUGGACUCUGGGAGAAUGUUUUCGAGACGCAGGUAAAUCGCGGCGGAAACGGUACUCUGAAUCUCGGUGGGACGAGCUCGAUCGCGAGUCUGAGUGGACAGAGCAUCGAUGCGAAAUACUAUUUUGAUCGACCGACCGUUGACAAUAGCCUGAUUGGUACCAGUGCUUUUGUCCUUGCCAGCCUGGAGCUCGAGAAGCUGUGCGGGUGA